CUUCGUUCUUGUUCGCCUUGUCCUUCUAGACAGCCGCUGGCUCGGCGCGUUUUUCUCCCCAGUCAUGGAGCUUUUCCCGCUCCACGCUGUUCUCCUGUUUUUGGCUGCGUUGGGUGGCUGGGGUCGCUUGUCGCCCAGCGGAGAUGGAAGACCUUGUAGUGCCAGCCUGCAAGCUGGUUGCAGAGAUAAAUGCAUUCCUUUCUCAUGGCUCUGUAAUGGAGAACAAGAAUGUCCCGAUGGUUCAGAUGAGCAUUGCGUGGAAGAAUGUGGUGGUGAUCCAUAUGCCUGGCAGUGUGAAGAUGGAGCAUGUAUUGCUGCUAGGUGGCGUUGCGAUGGAACCAGUGAUUGCCUGGAUGGCUCAGAUGAAGAGAAUUGUGUAUGUCCAGACAAAAUUCCAUGCCAGAGCAACAAUCAGUGCAUUGAUCCGUGGGAAGUAUGUGAUAAUCAUGAGGACUGCAAAGAUGGCUCAGAUGAAGCCAACUGCUCGCCCAAUAAAUGCUUAGCUGGACAGUGGCAGUGUAAGAACAAAGUGUGUAUUAUGGAAGACUGGAAGUGCAAUGGCAUUGACAACUGUGGGGAUCACUCGGAUGAAGACAUCUGUG